AUGACGGAAUCUAGUCCUCCUCGAUUACAUGUAGUCUGUGGUUCCUAUGACGGGACUGUCUUCGCCAUGUCCUAUGAGCACUUGGGCAUCCGUGAGACAGGACCCAACCGGUUGAAGGCCGAGUUCAUCGAUCCAGAGGCUCAUUCCGCUCCAGUGACCGCACUAGCCGUCUGGAACGACACCGUAGCUUCAGGGAGUGCCGAUGAAUCUAUUCAAGUUGGUACCCCUUAUCCAAAUAUUGUGCUUGCCCUAUCUUGUUCUGAGCAUUUUACAUUUGCUAGGCAUUUGUGCCCUAGUUGUGUUUCACAAGUGCCUUUUCUCUUUUCGGUGUCACGUCACAGCAGAAUGGGUUGUUUAGAGUUGCAUACCGGCAGCGUUCGUCAUCUCGUCUUCGCAGACUCACGUCAUCUCUUGAGCGCUGGGGAGGAUGCCUGUCUGGGAAUAUGGCGUCGCAGCGGCGGCCUCAGUAGAGGUGCUAGUGCGUGGCAAUGUAUCCGCCAGAUGCGCCGUCAUAAGGCUCCCAUAAUCUCCCUCCUUCUUCACCCCUCUUUGCGACUUGCUUUCACCUUGGCUGAUGGAGAUGGCGAUCACACUUUUCGCAUAUGGAGUCUGACUCGUGGGCGCCAGGCCUAUACUACUCGUCUGCGCGCACUCAACGCCGAGGGUGCCACAGCACUAGCCGCAGUUGUAAUGCCAGAUCCGCCUCAUCAUUACCAUCAUCUUCUCCUCCUCUUCAUCACUCCUCCAUCCUCUGUUCGCUACCACCGUAUCGACUUUAUCGACCUUGGGCAAAGCAGACAGAGGGCCCUCUUCAGCGCUCGUUUCCCUACCCUCCUCUCCGUGCCUCCGGUCGUUUUCCACGUAGAAGAGGAAUGCCUCUAUCUUCUAGCAGGUAUUGGAAACGUACUCAAAGUAUACCGAUGCCAGUUUGGGGAGAACAAGAUGGAGUUGAUGUCAAAGGCGAAAGUUCCGGGGAAGAGAUUCAAGUUCCUCAAAGUGUUAUUAUGGCCUGAUGAGAUGGUAAAAGCAGAACCUGAGGUGUAUGGAGGGCGAAGGCGAUUGGUAGUCCUUGUCACCACCGAUAUGGAUGGCUCGUAUGUGCGAGGAUAUGCGGUUGACCUAGAGACUACGCCUACGUCGACAGCUGAGGACUCAUCUCCGUCAAUGGCAUUGCGUCCUGUCUUCACUUACGACGUCCAUAAAAUUCGACUCACUCAGGUUGAUGCUGCAUGGACGUCUGGUGUGGACGGGGCUUCGGAGGAGGUGGACCACACCGUGUCUGUUAAAGAUGCUGAGGGGAUGGAGAUUUCGGAUGAUGAUGAAAGCGAUUCAGAAGAGGAAGAAGAUGAUGAGGAUCUAGGAAAAUAG